UCGCAGCAAUACCUCUAAAUGAAACACAGAAUCUGUCUCUGAGUCGUCGCCAAGCAGAAACCUGCACGGACCCUCACUACCCUGUGUGGAGAAGCGCUCAUUGCAAAACCGAGACCACUAUUCUGCAUAUAUGCGAGGCUACAGAUUUUCCAGGCUCUUAUACAUCUAUUGAACAACCAUGUCCGCAAGAAUCAGUUUGUGUUGAUUUUAUUCGCCCCGAUUCGACUCCAAUCGCAGCGUGUCUUUCCAAAUCAAGUAGAGAACAGUGGAAUAAUGACCCUGAUCGUCGCGGCAUUUUAUGCUCAAACGAAAGGAGUUUUCGCGUCGGUGCAAAUGUACUAACAUUUGGAAUGACAACAUAUGAUGCCAACGCAAAUCCAAUACAAGUAGAAUAUUUGGAUGUUUCUGUUAAUGGUCAUGCUCUUAUGCCAAGCUGGAACGACAAUCAUUACACUAAAAUAUACAAUAAUUAUGUGGCAAAUCAAUUAAUCAAAUUUUGUUUCAUGGCAGGAAGCGAUGCGUUAGUAACUGCUUUUGCUUGGGCUUUGGUUCCCGGCACCAAUAACGGAUUAAUGGCACUCGACUUAGAAUAA